GGCCCGGCGGGGCGGCCCGCCAUGGCGAGCCCCGCGCGCCCGCAGCCGGAGCCGGCGGCCCCCGGGGCGUGGGGCGGCGGCGCGGCGGGGGAAAGGCUGUUGCUGCUGGAGCUGCGCUGCGCCCGGCCGCCGUCCUCCGGCUCGGAGGAGGAGGAGGAGGAGGCGGGGGAGGAGGCGGCCGAGGGGGAGGACUGCUGCCCCAAGUGCAAGAAGCGGGUGCAGUUCGCGGACUCGCUGGGGCUGAGCCUGGCCAGCGUGAAGCACUUCAGCGACACCGAGGAGCCGCGGGUGCCGUCCGCAGCGCCGCCCGCCGAGCCGCGCGACCCGCCGGAGCCCGGAGCUGCCCCGGAGCCGCCCCGCCAGCCGCCCUCCCUGCGCCUGGAGCCCGACUUCCCCGACGGCGGCGAGCCGAGCGCCGAGCGGCUGCGGCGGCAGCGCGUCUGCCUGGAGCGGCUGGGGCGACCCGCGUUGCUCUCCGACGUGCGGGGCACGGUGCGGGCGCUGCGAGGCUCCGGGCCCGGCGAGGUGACGGUGCGCUACACCUUCAACGAGUGGCUCUCCUUCAUGGACGUCCCGGCCUCGCCGCUGCCCCCCGCCGCCGCGGACGGCUCCGAGCCGCCGGCCGAGCGCUUCUCGUUCGCCCUGUGCGUGCCGCCCAGCCUACGGGAGGGCUCGGCCCUUCACUUCGCCAUCCGCUACCGCGGCGCGCAGGGCGAGCACUGGGACAACAACGACGGCCGCAACUACACGCUGCGCUGCCGCAGCGACCCCGAGGCGGCCGCCGCGCCCCGCGACUGAGCGACGGUCGUGCUGCCGUCGGGGGGAGGUCGGGGCGGCGGCUGAAGGGGCGCUGCGGGACGGAUGCGCAUCGAGACAACGAGGAGGCUGAGUGGGACCUCGGUGCCGCUCCCCGCCCUGCCCGAGGCCCAGAAGGACGUCCUCGGCUGGGGCCCUGCCGAGCAUAGGCUGCCUUUGCCGGGGCAGAGGAGCAGUUAAAAAUACUGGCUGAUAGCGAGUUAUCUGGAGAGCUUCGAUAACAGCACCCCGCAGUCACGUGCUGUGCGCUGGAAGAUGGUGUCUGUCUCGUUCGGUGUGCCUGUGUUGGGGAGAGCGAUGACAUGGACGGCCUUGUCACAGCACAGUGACAGCGUGGUAGGGAGGGGAUCUCGCUAAUGAACGAAAGCAAAUGCUUCGCUUCAGCUCUCCUUAUGUUACGUUUUGCACCACGCUUUCAAGUGCUUUUAAUUUAUUCAGCUCAUUUUGCAACAUCUUUUCCAAUAUUUGUGCGUUGUUGGGUUUGGGCACUUAACCCACAGCCUUUCACUCUUGCACUGCAUUGCACUGUGGCACUGCUGUGUCCCAAGUCCUGACAUUUGGCAAAAAAGUACCAUUGCAAAUGGCUUUGUUAGAAUAAAAAGCUUUCAAAAAGCUCA